GUCACAUGGGCCUCUCUGCUCUCCCGUGACUCUUUGUAACAAAUAACAGAGGGGGGCGAGGCGUGUCGGGACAGAUGUGCUGUUAUUGGGCAGCCCAUUUCCCACAUCAUCCAGCUGUCCGGAGGUAACUCAGCCCCGUCUGGAGCCCCUUCCUCCCACCGGUCACAUUCUGCCCGCUGGAGCGUCACCUCUGCGCCGCCGAGCAGCGCGCGCACACACGCACACACACACACCCGGCAUCAGCGGUGGAGCCCCCCGAAACGAGGAGUCCGCAAGCAGGAAGUGGAUGAGGCUGAGCGCCAUGGCAAGCGAACGCUCCCCUCUGAUCACCUCGGGGGUCUGCGGGCUGACCCUGACGGCGGGGCCGUGCGGAUCGGCGUCGGACUCCCCCCAGGAGUCGGGCCCCGGGAAACCAGAGCAGGGCCCGCGACGCCUGAACACCUUCUUUGGCGUGAUGGUGCCGACCAUCCUCUCCAUGUUCAGCAUCAUAUUGUUUCUGAGAACAGGGUUUGUGGUGGGUCACGCGGGGUUGCUGCAGGGCCUUUUAAUGGUGGUCGUUGCCUACACCAUCAUAUCUCUCACCCUCCUGUCCAUCUGCGCCAUCUCCACUAACGGCGCCAUUCAGGGCGGCGGAGCCUACUACAUGAUCAGCCGCUCUUUGGGACCCGAGUUUGGCGGAAGCAUCGGUUUGAUGUUCUUUCUUGCCAAAGUCUUUGCGUGUGGAGAGUAUGUCCUGGGUCUUGUGGAGGCUAUACUGGACGUAUUCGGAGCAGAUCCCGAGCUCUCUUUGUCUGAAGGGUGGCGGGUGCUCCCUCACGGUUACUGGUACACGGUUCUGUACUCCUCUGUGGUCCUCCUGCUGUGUCUCUUCGUGUGCCUGGUGGGCGCCCACAUUUACUCCCGCACGGCCUUCGCCAUCCUGCUGGUGGUCACCGUGUCGCUGCUGUCCGUCUUCGUCAGCACCGUGGCCGUCAAACCCAAAGACUUUGUCAUCCUGCACCAGGGGCCCGGGAACCAGACGCUGCGCUACAACGCCAGCUACACGGGUUUCAGCGCCGCCACGCUGAGGAACAACCUGGGCCCUGGUUACUCUUUGGACUACAGCACCAACUCCGUCAUGUCGUUUGCUACCGUGUUUGCUGUCAUGUUCACCAGCUGCACAGGGAUCAUGGCUGGAGCCAAUAUGUCAGGGGAGCUGAAGACUCCGAGUAUUUCCAUCCCUAAAGGCACCAUCAUAGCGGUCUUCUACACCUUCACCGUCUAUGUCCUCCUCUUUAUCUUAGUCGCCGCCACGUGCAACAGGACCCUGUUGAUUCAGGACUAUGGGUUCCUACAGCGAAUUAAUAUUUGGUCGCCGUUUGUCACCAUCGGAAUAUACUGUGCCUCUCUGUCAGCUGCGAUGUGCGCCAUGAUCGGAGCUUCCCGCAUCCUCCAUGCUCUGGCUCUGGAUCAUCUCUUUGGGUUGCCUUUGGCCCCAGCUACUGUUACAUCUAACUCUGGGAACCCUUGGGUGGCGGUGCUGUACACCUGGGGCUUGGCACAGUGUGUGGUGUUUGCAGGGCAGCUCAAUGCCGUGGCAAGUCUAGUGACUGUUUUCUACCUGCUCGCAUACGCUGCUGUAGAUCUGGCCUGUCUGGCCCUUGAGUGGGCAUCUGCACCAAAUUUCAGACCAACCUUUCAGCUCUUCUCAUGGCACACCUGCCUGCUGGGCAUCCUCAGCUGCUUGGUGAUGAUGUUCGUCAUCAACCCCGUGUACUCCUCAGGCAGCAUCGUCCUCCUGCUGCUGCUCCUGCUUUUCCUCCACUACAGGUCACCCACAAGCAGCUGGGGCUACAUCAGCCAGGCUCUCAUUUUCCACCAGGUGCGGAAGUAUCUGUUGAUGCUGGACGUGAGGAAAGACCAUGUGAAGUUCUGGAGGCCCCAGGUCCUGCUGAUGGUGUCCAACCCACGCUCCUCCUGUCAGCUUAUUCUGUUUGUGAACCAGCUGAAGAAGGGCGGACUCUUCGUGUUAGGUCAUGUGCAGCUGGGGGAUCUGGACUCCCUGCCAUCAGACCCAGUCCAGACCCAGUACAACUUCUGGCUGAGUCUGGUCGAUAAACUUGGAGUGAAGGCCUUUGUAGACCUUACCCUGUCUCCCUCAGUCAGACAAGGAACACAGCAUCUGCUGCGCAUCACAGGACUUGGUGGCAUGAAGCCCAACACGUUGGUUUUGGGUUUCUACGACAGCUGCACUCCUGACGAUUUCUUCCUGCAGGAUUCUGCCUUCUGCCGCUCGUCUGUGGGCGAAAGCAGCGAGGGGGAGUAUAAUUUUGGGGUGGACCUGCCUUCGCUGCAGGCCCAUUUCCCUCCCGUCCGACACGUCGAGAGCCCCCGGUGGCUGUCGCCGGAGGAGUACGUCGGCAUCAUUUCCGACGCCAUCAAAAUGAACAAAAACGUGUGCCUGGGCAGGUACUUCUUCGAGCUGCAGGGAGAAGGUAAAGACAGCAAAGUCGACGGGUCCGAGCGAACAAUAGACGUGUGGCCUCUCAACCUGCUCCAGCCGGGCAGCGGCGACUACCAGGACGUGUGCAGCCUGUUCCUGCUGCAGAUGGCCUGCGUGCUCAACAUGUCCAGCAAGUGGCGUAACGCCAGAAUGAGGAUCUUCCUGAAUGUGGAGACGGGCUCCUGCGACCAGGGCUGGGUGGACAAUGAGGAGACGUUUCGGGAGCUGCUGAGGAAGCUGAGGAUCAGGGCCUCCAUAAAGAUCGUUCGCUGGGACUCUGUGGUGCAGCACUACGCUCUACCAGAGGGGGAGCGCUGCGGAGAACCGUCACCGGGUUUAUCCGAGGACUUCCUGUCUGCUGUAAACUGCAUGCUGAAGGAGCACAGCUCUCAGGCAGCUGUUCGCUUCCUUUAUUUACCUCGGCCCCCUUCUGGUCGCAACCAGUCACAGCACUACUUGGCUCAGCUGGAAGCGGUGACCUAUGGAUUAGGGCCCACGCUGUUGAUUCAUGGCGUCACCCCGGUCACGUACACUGACCUCUGAGCACGUUUUGUCUCAUUCGAGGAUGUAAAUGUCACAAAGUCUUAGCUCUCUGUCAGCUUCACUUUAAGAAGUACAAGUUCAGCAUUUGAUGUUAUUUAAGAAUGCUAUUCUGCAGUAUUUAUUUGUUUUACCACCUGGAUUUUUUUUCUUUUCUUAGAAAAUGUCCACAUUCAAGUGCCACUUGAAGUUUAAUAGGAAAAAUUCCUAUAUUUAUAUACUUGAAAUGGCUUUGUGCUUAAGCCAGUAAAUGGCUUUGAGAAAAAAUUUGCAUUAAUUGUAUGUCUCCUAUGGACUCACAAGAGAAAUAAACAUGUCAAAAAUACAAUUUAUAA